AUGGCUGUUCCGCGUCUUGUGACCAAUAACGCAGUUACGGCCCAGGACUACAAAGACAUGUUUGUGAAGGCUCACCAGAGCUCUGGGUGCAUGGCGAUCGACGAGAUGCUAGUCGACCCGAAAAAUAAAACCCACCAGAUCACGCCUGAUGACAUCUCCCGUUGCUCACCAUUGGUCGAGGCGAUGCUCCGCGCUGGCCUGAAGAACGCAGUGAUGUGCCCUGCUAAGUUCGAGCUUGGGCUCCGCGACGCUGCCUUCGCCCACCACGCCCUCUUCAAGGCCAGCGGCGACGCCAAGGAGCUCGCUGUGGUCAAGCUCCGCACGCACGUCUGCUGCGUCCUGGGUGUGUUGAGGACGUUCAAGCGCGAGCAGCAGGGGGCUUCCUCGGGGGCCGUCCAGAAGACCAACGGGCUGAAGAAGAGGUCCAGUGCAGCCCAGCUGGUGCUCAUCAACUCGCUUUGCUCCAAGAUCGAGUUCGACGUGGAAGACCGCAGCGUCGCGAGCAGUCGCGCGCAGUCGGCGGACCCGCCCAUCGAGAGGCCCAGGGAGACCGCAGUGGUAGCUCAAUCACCUUCGGGGCUCCCGACGUGCUUCAAGCAGUUGUUGGAUCGUCGGUUGGAAGCAUCUGGCGCAGCUCAGUUCGGAGUGCCCGUCUGGGCAAACUUGGACGAGAUGGAGGCAGAGGCGGCGACCGAGGAGCUCGGAUCCGAAGCGGCGCCCACGCCUCAGCGCGGCGAGAUGGCACCACCGCUUUCCUCCGAUGCUGCGCCGUCGGCCUUGGCGACGCCCAUCCUGAACCCGACGACUCGCAAGCAGGAUGUGUUGGACUCUCGUGCUCAGUGCAAGGACAGCAGUGAGACCCCCGACAAGCUUGACAAGAACAAUGCCAGCAAACCUACCACCAACAACGUUGGCCAGGGCAAGGAUAAGACCAGGCGCAAGGACAGGGAUGACACUCAGGACGCUCCCCCCUUGAAGAGGGUGGCCAAGGCCAAGGCCAAGGCCAAGGCCCAGGCGCAGCCCAACGAUCCCAGACUUGAGAACAUCCGCCUGAGCGGGCCAACGAACGAGACAAACCCCAGGGUCGAGAUCGUGGCAUACGAGGUAGGGACGGGCAAGCGGACGCAUGUCUUCACGGUCAACAAGAACCGUGACGGCAAGACAUUCGCUCGGGUCGCGAAGCAAGUGAAGGCCCACUUCGACUAUGUGGAUGGGGGGUUUCUCCGCUCGGAGGCCAUCGCCAUGAAAAACUCACUGCUGGCUUAA